AUGAUGAAACAUCAUCAGCGUCAUCUUUCCACGACCUCCACCGCCACCAAUUAUGGCCAUCAUCCAGAAGAAAGUACCGAUGACGGUGACUCUCCUCUCACUCAUCAUUCACAACAACAACAUUCGUUGAGGAACAAUGAACCUUCAUUGACAACCACAAGUGGUUUUCGAAAUUUCCAUCAAAAUUUCUCGUCGGCAGCAACAACACUUCUUGUUAAUCCCCAACACAUGAAACGAGUGAAAUUCAUCACCAUUGCUCUCAUUGUUGUGACUUUCUUGUCCAGUUUUGUCUAUUUUGUGAAAUUCUUACCAAAGAAAGGAGAUUUUUAUUUACCUCUCGAUGAAGAAAUUGACAGACUGACAAAGGAUCUCGAUGUCUUGUAUCGUCCCAUGAUUAAUGUGGAUGGAAAUGGUGUAAACAAGUUUUUGAAACCUUAUGAUGAACAAUUGAGUGUUUUCUCAACGAAUGCCAUUCAAUUGGUGAGAAAUAGAAGGAAUUUUUUGAAAACAAUGAAUGGAAAAGAUCGAAUUCAAUAUUCACGUCACUUGUCCGAAUUGGAAAAAAUUCACAAUAUUUUACAAAAACAAAUUGUGGAAUAUUUUGAUUAUGAGAGAGUUUGGGCAGGUCCUUCGAAAUCAAGUUUUCAAUUUACAGAAAAUCCUUUUGACUCUCCUAUCAUUCCUGCUGAUAAGUUUGUUGAAAAUUAUCAAUUUUACAAGAAUGAAAUCAUUCCAAAACAUGAAGCUUACUUUUUAUUGAAAAAAGUGCAUCCAGUGAAGAGAGAAUUAGAUAUUGUAUCCAUUUGGGACAAUGACUAUUCAGAAACCUUGUCAAAAAUUGCUCGUCAAAUUGUUGGUGAAACUUGUUGGAACAAGAAAUUAGUUUUAUUUGGUGAACAUUGGCAUACCUUUCACCAAGGAGGUCCAAGAAAGGUUGGAACUUAUCAAAUUGGUGCUUUGAAAUUCUUGAAAAAAGAUUUCAUUUUCACCGAUGAUAUUAAUGACCCAAAUUUAUUGGAUGCAGAUAUUGUCUAUUCCUAUAAUCCACAUCGCUAUCGAGAGUUUAUUAAAAAGUUGGUCUUGGGAAUUCGAAACGGAAAGGUUGGAUCACACACGAAAAUAUUCAUUGGACCAGUCAUUGCAGAUAAUUUAGUGAGAGAUCACUAUUCAUUACUCGGUGAUCGAGUGACACAUUUAGCUGCUUCCCAAUGGGUCAAAGAUGUCGAUUAUGGUCCUAAAAUUGGUGGAAAGGUCAAAAUUCUCGUUCAUCCCACUCCCAUUAACACCAAAAUUUGGUCACCCAGUGAAAAAGUCAAUGUUUUUGACAAGAAAGACAUUCUCUUCUAUGACAAGAAUUGUUACUACAGUCAAACUGAAUUGCUGACCACAUUCAAAACACUCCUGAAUGGUUAUCCUGAUUUUAAGGAUGCUAAUUUUCAUGUUGUGGAUUACAACAAACGAUACAGUGAAAAUUAUUUUCUGUCACUGUUGAAAGAAAAGAUUCGAUUUGCCAUUGUUUGUGCCCGAACAGAGACACAAGGUGUUGCUUUGGAAGAAGUCAUGUCCAUGAAUAUUCCACUUUUUGUCAUUUGGACACCAAUGAAUUUUGAAGUGGCACAUGACCCAGUGGUGGUGCCAUACUUUGUUCCAGGAAUGUCAGGACUCAUUAGUGGCCAUCAAAAUAUCACCACUGUGUUUCCAACAUUUAUGCAAAAAGUGAUUGAUAAUUCAUUUAAUCCUCGUCGAUUUGUGGUGGAACUUUUUAACUACUUUAGUAAUGUGAUGGAUUUUAUGAAUAUUUUGUGUUAUGGAGAAAGUCGAUUUGAACCAAAGGAAAAUUAUUUGAGUGAACUGAAACGAUUGACCAAGACCUAUGUUCCAGAUGAUGAUGAUGAAGUGGUUCCGAAUUGA